CUUACAACGCCUGUGUUACUUUUUGCCGUCUAUAUCACACCAAAACACCAUCCAUCUACAAGCGCUUCCUUUCGUGAUAAGUGUGCGCGACCUACGACCAUGACUGAUCCACCACCCGCGAAGCGACGGUGUCUAGGGACUGACUGCGAGAAUGACGCUGGAGAUCUCCAGUGCCCGAGCUGCCUAAAAUUGGGAACAAAGGACAGCUACUUCUGCUCACAGGACUGCUUCAAGAGGAACUGGGCUACACACAAGGUUAUGCACAAGACAGCGCAAGGCAAAUUACAAAAUGGUAUCUUCUCCAAACUCAUUACCCCAAGGGUUGUGUCUGAGCCCGACCCCGUGACAGGCUUCGUGAACCCUUUUCCAGCAUAUCCUUAUACCGGAUCUGUUCGCCCCGUCUACCCACUUUCAGCAAAACGCGAGGUCCCGAAGACCAUACCACACCCAGACUGGUCGGAGACGGGCAUUCCUAAAGCCGAGAGGCGUCUGAACAGAACAAAAAUUGAACUCCUGGACGCAAAAGGUCAAGAAGCAAUGCGAAAAGUUUCAAAACUUGGUCGAGAAGUCUUGGACAUUACUGCUGCCGCGAUCAAGCCAGGCGUAACAACAGAUUACCUUGACGAGAUCUGCCACAACGCCUGCGUGGAGCGAGAAGCUUACCCUUCACCUCUAAAUUACAACCGCUUCCCCAAGUCCCUAUGUACUUCUCCGAAUGAAGUAGUAUGCCACGGAAUACCCGAUCACCGGAAACUUGAGGAUGGUGACAUCAUAAAUCUUGAUAUCUCAUUAUAUCAUGGUGGAUACCACUCUGAUCUGAAUGAGACGUACUAUGUCGGUGACAAAGCCAAGGCUAACCCAGACGCCGUUCGCGUGAUCGAGACGACCAGGGAAUGUCUGCAAAAGGCCAUCGAGCUGGUGAAACCAGGCUGUCCAAUCCGAGACUUUGGUCCCGUCAUCGAGAAGCAUGCGAAAUCGCGCGGUUGUAGUGUCAUGGCGACGUGGGGUGGUCAUGGAAUCAAUACUGAAUUCCAUCCCCCUCCAUGGAUUCCACAUUACGCCAAGAACAGGGCAGUUGGAACUUGUAAACCCGGCAUGACCUUUACGAUUGAGCCCAUCCUCACUCUGGGGAGACCCAAGGAAGUGUACUGGCCAGAUAAUUGGACGAACGUUACAGUUGAUGGCAAAUUCGCUGCUCAAUUCGAGGACACUCUACUCGUCACGGAGACAGGUGUAGAAGUUUUGACUGCUCGUCUACCAGACUCACCGGGUGGCCCAAUACCAAUGCCCACAACGAAGGACAUAGCAGAUGGUAAUGAGACUAAAAACGCCUAAUUGAAAAUAGACCUAGCAUACAGAUAGACAGACAAGCAGAGUCCUAGGUCAAACAUUCAUGAAGGUGGAAAGAUCACGAUCUAGAAGCUUGUUCGAGAAAUCUCCCCAUGCGUUGUGAUGUUAUUGACGGCGAUGACGACUAUGAUCUACCUAGCCAGCGAAGAUCCGGAAGUAUCCGGCACUGAUACAUGUUGAGACCAGUAUAGAUAGCCUGAUCAAACAACAGCUCCAUUGGCAUUUAUGGAGAGCGAUUAGCGCCUAUCGUUUAUGCCGGACUAGGAUCUGCCCUCGAG